AUGAGGCGAUUCAGUGUGUUUCUUAUUUUUUCACUGCUAGUAUGCUUGACAUUGGCGACUCGAGAGAAGAAACUUGGCAGAAAAAAUCAGCCUAAGGAUCGAAAAAUGCGGCCUCACGUCGAGGGUUUCCUCGGUUGUCCGUACAAUAACGAUUUCUACUAUAACGGAGUGAUUGCCUCACCGUUGUAUCCGAAAAAUUACCCAAAAGAUGAUAAAUGCUGGUACUACAUGCAAGCCAAGCCAGGCUACGUGCUUAGUUUUAACUUCACUCACUUCGAUUUGGAUACGCUCGAUUUUGUGACGAUCUACGAUGGACCCAGUGAUAUUUCGCCGAUUCUCGCGCAAAUUGGGGGUCCAAAUGGAACCACUCAAACACCUAAAGGAAUUUAUUACUCAUCGGAACGCCAUGCGCUCGUCACAUUCACUUCGAAUCUCAAAAGUACCCCAAAGAGCGGGUUCUCGUUUGAGUAUAAAUCAGUCUUCACCUCUUAUCCAUGCAAUCGAGACAUCCUUUUGGGUAUCAACGCGAUGGGUGGACUCAAAUCACAGGGCAAUUACUUGAGGCAAAUCAGUUUCAUCGGAAACUAUUUGGUAAAAAAUUGGACAGUUGGUUUGGACCAAACACGAGUGUUCAUCAAUCUACAAACGGAUGCAGAUUAUGCUUUGGUCUAUCCAGCUACCGAUCCCGAAAUGACAACAACGGCCGGUGUACAAGAAGUGAUCUUAAACCUGAGUGAAUAUGCCGACAAUGUUGUUGACAAUGAUACGGUAACGGAUUUCAACGGAAUGUUUCGCUAUCUCGAGUCGGAUAUAUCAAUUGACCCAGCUGACAAUGGAGAGCGGGCAUAUACUCAAAAAGUUGUCAUCUUGUUUAUCGCCUCUAAUCCUAAUGAUGAUCAAGAUUAUUACGAAGCACUCGAGUAUGCGCAUAUAAUGCGAACCACUGAAGACACAAAAGUUAUUACUGUCGCUAUGGGUAGCGAUUUGGAUGUUGCGAAAAUCGGUAAAUUAUCGUAUGGAGAGGGCUUUUAUUUCGGAGCUGACUACUCAAAUCUUCCAUCUCUGACCGAUAAGAUAAAUGCGGCCAUUUGUGCAGAUAUUGAUACAAAAUGUGGAGUU